AUGGCUGUUGGCCGUGCAAAGCUCGAAAGUUGCCAACGAAGUGGCGAACCUUGCGAUUACAGCUCAUCUGGAGAAUCCCUUCAGUCACAACAAUUGCCUUUCAAUCAUACGUUCGCUAUCAACCCACCAAAUCAGGGAUCACAGCCGAAGCCUAUGGCGAAACGCGUCCAGACCGCUCCUGUCAGUACCGAGACGGGGAAGAGAAAGCUUGAACAGCUAGAGACCCCGAACGAGUACUUAAGUCGAUCUCAGAGUAUUUCCACUCAAGCGACCCAGCAACAACAUGGCAGUCCUCUUUCUCCGCCUCUUAGUAUCACAAAUCGUAAUGCCCGAGGCUACUUGACGUCAAGUCUCUGUCGGAUCGUUCCUGCAACCAUAAACACUUCGCAGAGACUAGACAAGAGGUCGAAUUCCUUAGUUCAGCCAAGCAACUCAGAAGUGUUCCGCCAGUACGGCCCUACAUCUUCCCCAGUUUCUCUUAUCGGGACCACUCCUCCCGCCUCUCUUCUUCGCCCUGAUGCCAUUUCAAAGCUAGUCGAUCCCCCCUUGACACCCGUCUCGCUAGGGCUCAAAUCUGACGAUGAGACGAGAUCACCAAUUUUGAGUCUGCCCUCGCCAGCCUCCCCCGAGAAUAGUCGACUAUCCGUGGACUAUCUGCUGACGAGUUCUCCUCGCCUUAUCCAUGGCGUGAACAAGGGAAUGGUCCCCUCUUUUGACCCGCCACGAUUCAACUCGGGGUCCAAGCAGGGGAUGGCAGAAGAGGCCACAUUCUAUGGCUUCGAUCUCGGUAUUCCAGACGCUGACAUUGCCCAGAAUGAUGACAUGGGGGCCAUAUCCCAAACAGUGGCUUCUACAAGACAUGUUGCGCGUACCCCUGUGUAUACGUGUGGUGAACCAUAUCCCCAACACCCCGAACCCGGUCAUAACGCCAUGUCAGGGGUCGGGUACUACGGCCAGCCAAUACCGAUUUGGAUACCACGAAACAUUGGACCAUUUCCUGCAAAGCUUCGAGACAAUCCCAUGAAUCUUCUUUACUUUCAUCACUUUCUAAACCACACUGCGAAGGUUCUCGUACCAUAUGACGACCCCAAAUCCAACCCCUUUCGGACGAUUUUGCCGCAAAUGGCCGCUGGAAAUGACCACCUGCUCAGCUUACUCCUAGCCUACUCGGCCGCCCACAGGUCAAGACUUCUCGGAAAGAAGGAGCCGCAGAUGAGGAUAGCACUCUGGGUGCAGGAUAUCUUCCCCGCCCUCCGGCAUGCCCUCAACGAUAGGGAGCAGAUCAUAUCGAACACAAGCCUGGCCACCGCCAUUAUGCUCGCCUCGUUGGAAAUUAUCUCGCCCAGUGCGUUCGGGUACGAUAUACCAUGGCAGCGGCACCUGAACCUGGCCCGGGACCUCAUGUGGAGGCGGCUGGCCGACCUCCGCAGGAUCGAGAACGGCCUACGGGAGGAUGGCGCGUGUGCCUUUCUAUGGAGUUGGUUCGCGUAUUUAGAUGUCCUGGGGAGCUUGAGCGGCGGGAGUCCCGACGAAGAUUCAUCGAGGUUCUGGUUCCUGGAGUACGCGGUACACAGCCCCGGCGACAGCCAGCAUGAGAUUGACUGCAUCAUGGGGUUCACCACGCGAUGCGUCCAGAUACUAGCCCAGAUCGCGGAACUGGCGCGCCGCUGCGACGAGCAGCGGUUCGAGCUCAGCGGCCACCCACCACAGCUCGUCUGGUCUCCGAGCGCGGCUUGUCUCGAACGGGCUCAGCUGUUGGAGCAGGAGCUAUUGUAUAGCAUGGCGCAGCCGUCACGACCGUGCAGACACAUCAACCAGAGCCAGAGCGCCGAGGUUGAGGUCGAGGGAUGGGACAACAGGGGCGAGGUUGUCCUCUUGAACGAGGCAUUCCACUGGGCUGGGCUCGUGCACCUGCACAGGCGCGUCCUGGCCAAACCGCCGGAUCACGAGGACGUCAAGGGGCCAGUAAGGAGGAUCAUUGCGUGUUUGGAGGGUAUCAGGCCCGGCGGGUCGGCGGAGACGGGGUUUCUGUUUCCCAUGUUCACGGCUGGCUGUAACGCGCUGGAGGGGGUCCAGAGGAGGAAGGUAUUGGAGAGGUUUAGGAGCGUAGAGAGGAAUGGGAUGACGCAGGUACACAAGGCGAGAAUGCUCAUGGAAAAUGUGUGGGUGACGGAGCAGCCGUGGGAGCCUUUUCUAUGUACGGAAUUUAUUGGGUGA